AUGCUUUGCCGAGUGCAUCCAUUCAAUAUACCGCAGGUGCGCUUCCUAUCUACGCAGCGUUCAGCUGCGCUCCUUCUUGUUUCUACGAGUAGCUCUGCCUCGUUCCGCUGUCGUUCGCAUAGCCCUCAACGCCCGCAUGUUGCCACACGAACACGUCUUCCCAUGAGCAUACGCACAUUACAUUGCUCGCCAUCAAGAUAUGUCCAAAUGGAGCCGAAGAAAGAGGAUAAAGUACCACAGAAUCUAGCGGAGCGUGCAGCGCACAUGUGGUCAACUAUCAAGUAUCUUUUUCGUUUCUAUAUGAAUGGGGUCAAACAAAUAUGGCUAAAUCGAAGAAUUGUUCUUCAGAUCAAGGAAGACGUACGUCGCAGCAAGCGUGAUUACACAUGGGAAGAGGCUCGGAUGGUCCGCAUACACACUUCUGACAUGCUGAAACUUCCGUUGUUCUUGUUGAUCCUUGUGACAGUGGAAGAACUGCUGCCUUUGAUGGUCAUUUAUACCCCAUUCAUGCUCCCAUCGACGUGCAUUCUUCCGAGUCAGCGUAACAAGAUCCGGCAGCGCUUUGAAGUGAAACGAGAAAAGGCCAUUCAGGCGCUGAACAAGACGGUACCUUCGAUAAGCGUGCUACAAACAAAUGACAACACAGCAAAGGCUGCCGUUGCUGCCUUAUCACCGGCUGCAUUAAAGGAACUUGUCACGUAUGUGCUUUUCAUUUACUUCGUCAUGGCCAGGAUGCUUACACUCGCGCAGGGUAUAUAA